UGAAUGCAGGGCGGUUGAUGUUAGGAAGGUUUUACGACUCACAGGGGCAGCGUUUUAUCACAGAAAACACUAGUUUCUCUUUCUGAGAUUUAGAAGCGGUCGUCAAAAGCUUUUAUUAAUAAAGAAAACCCUAAGAUGGAUCCUGUAAUGUCCAAACUGCUCGUUGGGCUCGCUGUCAACAUAAGUCGUAGUGAUGGGAGAAUACAUAGUGCCACUGUGAAAACUGUCAAUCUCGCUAAGUCCACAGUAAAUGUCGAAUGGACUGAGAAAGGCAUGGCCAAAGGGAAAGAGGUUGACCUGGAUGAACUUGAGCAACUCAAUUCCGACCUUAUGCAACACCUACAACCAUGCCGUCAGGAGGAGCCUGUCGCUGCCCCUAUUGCUACACCUCUGACAAAAACGGCAAAAAAUGUCAGAGCAACAGAGCUUCCCUUAAGGUUAUCAAGAAUACCUGCACCAUCAGAACCUUCUAGAAGGAUGAUGACACGUCAGACAUGCUUUUUCCGACAGCCUGCCCCUCCGCCUGCGGUCACGGCAACGGCUGCAGAGGAUGUUCUCUCUCAAGACCUUCCCUCAUCUACUAUCCCUAAACCUUCAGGCUACCAGAGGAGACUUGUUUCAAAGCCAGCCUCUCCUCUGCUACCAACUGCUGAAGCUGCUUGUGAGAGCGAGGCUUCCAAAUGUGCCCCCAUGGGGCCACCAAGCCAUCGCAUGUCUCAAGCCUCAGAAAUUAACAAAGUGGCAAGCAAAAGGUUGUCACUGGCAAAAAACCCGGAAACACAGAAGAGAGGGAAGUUUGGAGAUACAAGUCGCCCUAAUAAGCAGUUUUACCAGAUGAUUGAGGAUUACAGAGAGACCUUGGAGAAAGUGCCCUUGUCUUUGUCUGAUCCUGUCAAACCUCACAGAAUUUGUGUCUGUGUUCGCAAACGUCCUCUGAAUAAAAAAGAGCUGGCCAAGAAAGAGAUUGAUGUGGUCACCAUCCCUGGUAAAGGAGCCCUACUUUUGCAUGAGCCCAAGCAGAAAGUAGACCUGACGAAGUACCUGGAGAAUCAGACUUUCCAUUUUGAUUACUCGUUUGAUGAAGACGCCACCAAUGACUUGGUUUACAGGUUCACUGCUAAACCCCUGGUUAAGACCAUUUUUGAUGGUAGUAUGGCGACGUGCUUUGCAUAUGGCCAAACAGGCAGUGGAAAGACCCAUACAAUGGGUGGAGACUUCUCUGGAAAGAGUCAAAACAGCUCUAAAGGGAUCUAUGCCCUUGCAGCACAGGAUGUAUUUACUUUCCUGAGGCAAAAACGAUAUGCUGAUAUGGACCUUUGCCCAUAUGUCACUUUUUUUGAGAUCUACAAUGGCAAGGUGUUUGACUUGCUGAAUAAGAAAGCAAAGCUACGUGUUUUAGAAGAUGAAAAACAGCAGGUCAAUGUUGUUGGCCUGCAGGAGGUGCCCGUGUCAUCUGUUGAUGAUGUCAUCAAGAUGAUUGAGCGAGGAAGUGCAUGCAGAACGUCUGGCCAGACGUUUGCCAACGCCAGCUCAUCACGUUCACAUGCGGUCUUGCAAGUAGUCCUGAGGCGGCGGAAUUUCCUCCAUGGGAAGUUCUCUCUGGUGGACCUUGCUGGGAAUGAGCGUGGCACUGAUGUCAGCAGUAACGAUCGGAGCACUAUAGUGGAGACUGCAGAGAUUAACCGCAGCCUGCUGGCAUUGAAGGAAUGUAUUCGGUCUCUGGGUCAGAAUAGUGAGCACAUCCCGUUCAGGAUGAGCAAACUCACCCAAGUGCUUCGAGACUCCUUUAUUGGAGAAAACUCCAGAACCUGUAUGAUUGCAAUGAUCUCACCGGGCAUGGGCUCUUGUGAAUACACUCUUAACACACUACGUUAUGCAAACAGGGUGAAAGAACUGAACGGAAUAUCUAAAGGAGCUUCAUUGGAUAAUGGCUCAAGUCUUGAGCUUUCUGUGGAGGAAGGAAACUCCUCAGACGAGGAGUCUGUUCUCCCAGCAUUUGAAGCUAUAUCCCAAGUCUCUGAAAUGGAGGAGAGGUUUCAUGAGGAACUGAGGGGGUGCUGUGAGGUUGCCACAUCCAUGGAAUGUCCCUCGUUUGAUAUUAUUUCAAAUUUACCGGAGAUUGAUGCAUUUAUGAGGAAACUGCAAGAGUCUUACCAGGCUUUGAGAUCAGCCAUUGAAGCAGAACAGAGGGUCAGGAUGUCAUCCAAACUAAUCUAAGAUGAGAUUCAGCUGAGGCCAACAGCAAAGAAAUCUUUUAUUAAAAACUGAUGCAAUUUCACUUUAAUUAUGUUAUCAUAUAGCUGCAUAGAUAUCUGGGUUUGUAUAAGUUUUAAUGUCUUUGUGUACUAAAUAAAGGCUCCUUCAUUUUGGAUCUUUUCUAAAAACACAUUUUGAAUUGUGUCCUGAUUUUUAAGGCCAUCCUCAAGGCAUCAACCCAUGUUCCUUAUUUACGUGCAUUCAGAUGAAGUAUUUCUAUACGGCUUACUGUUUUUCAUGUCUCUACCUUGGAACGGAGCUUUUACCCUGAUGACGCAAAAGUGGACAGUGAAAGGUGGUGGUCUGAGCUGGGAGCGCUGCCUCAUACCACCCACCUUCUCAAAAAAAAAAAAAACAUUCCCAGCCUUGACCUCCAAACCUCCACUAUACACAAGCCACAACCAGUGUAUACUCUUGCCCUGCAAGCACAAGCUGACAUGACAAAUCAAAGGCCUAAUAAACAACUUGCACUGAAAAGUUUACCCCAAAGGAUGAAAAUAAACAAAAUCGGCCUGCAAGUGGGUGGCCCCACAUCUCUGUGUGAGGCCGAGAAGCUCAACUAAACUGCUUCCUCUGAGCUCUCUGGGUGGCAUUCCCCAACCUCCCCA